AUGGCAGCCAGAAAAUUGCAGCAAGAAAUAGAUCGUGUUGUCAAGCAGGUGAACCAGGGUUUAGCAUCGUUUGACUUAUUAUAUGACAAAGUGACUGGCUGUGAAAACCAGUCUCAAAAGGAAAAAUUGGAAUUAGAUUUAAAGAAGGAAAUCAAAAAAUUACAAAGACAUCGAGAACAAAUUAAAAAUUGGCUAAAUGGUAAUGAUGUUAAGGACAAAUCUUUUUUAACUGACUAUAGAAGAAAAAUUGAAAAAGAAAUGGAGAGAUUUAAAGUUGUGGAACGAGACAUGAAGACAAAAGCGUUUUCUAAAGAAGGUCUUAACAUGCAAAAAAUUGAUCCAAGAGAGAAGGAAAAAAAUGAAUCAUCCAUAUUUAUACAAUCAAUGAUUGAUGAAUUAGAAAGACAAAAUGAAAAUCAUGAAGCCAAAAUAGUGCAGAUUCAGGGCACGAUUAAAAAAAAUAGAAGAUCUGACCAUUCAAAACAAGAUCAAAUUGACGAAUACAACGAAUUUAUUUCAAGAAAUCGUUGGCACCAAUCAAAACUUGAAACCAUUUUAAGAUACUUGGAAAAUGGUAAUUUGGAACCCGAUGAUAUCAACAAUAUAAAAGAUGAUAUAAGUUAUUAUGUUGACAGUAAUCAGGAUCCUGAGUUCAGGGAAGAUGACUCUUUAUAUGAUGAACUUGAUCUAGAUGACGUUGAAGAAGUCUUUGGCACUGUAGACGAUCUCACAUCUAACAAUACUCCUGUUCCUGAAGGUAUACCCGACAGCAUUUCUAGGAAGGAUUCUGUGGGUGCUAGUAAUCAUUCCUCUGUUUUAAAUACUCCAUUACCAAACAAUAAUAUCAAUGUUAGUAACUCUUCUUCAACUCCCUCAAAUAGUAUUUCCAAUGGUGAUAAUAAUUUCAAUUCCAAUUCCAAUUCCAAUUUCAAUUCUAAUUCUAAUUCCAAUUCUAAUUCCAAUUCUUCUGACAAUUCUCGGAAGACACCAGAAGCUAAUGAGAAUCAACCAUUAGCAAUCAAUAACAAUUCUGAUUCUUCAAAUAUCACAAACCAAAUUUCAAACACAAACUCUGUCAAGAGAUUAUCCGCUUCUGCCGUUUCAAGCCCUCAUGUUAGUACUCCAAAAUCCUUUCCUCAGGUUUUAAAUCUCAAGCCUGCCCCUGUUCCACAGCGAGUGUUUGAUUUAAAGUAUUCCUCAGCUGUGGCAAUCUCAUCUACAGAAAACUCCCCAGAUCCAAUUUUAACAUUAAUGCCUGGAUUACAAGACCUAUUACCAUUUUAUGAAUCGGCUCAGAAAAGAUUAACGAACCCUCCACCAUUGAGCGAAAUUAACAGUUAUUUGCAAAACUCGCUAUUAAACUGCCCUGAUUCAUUAGAUGCAAAUAAACCCUUACCAUAUACUCCUAGUAACAAAAAUCCAACUUCUUUAUAUUAUCCGGUGGAACCAGUGACUGAUUUGUUUAAUAAUAUACCAGAUGUGAUUAUAAAAAGAAUGGAAGUUGAAACGCUAUUUUAUUUUUUUUAUUAUGGGGAUGAUAUCACAAAUUCUUAUAUAUCUACUUUACAAAAUAAUAAAAAGGGAUCAUAUAUUCAGUUGUUGGCUGCAAAGGAGUUGUGUGAAAGAAAAUGGAUCUAUCAUUCAAAACUAAUGCAAUGGUUUCAUGUCAUUGAAGACGAAGACACUGUAAAUAAUGUUUCAGCUAAUAGUAUAUUGAAAAGUGAUUCAACAAAUAGCACUAAAAAUCUUGAAGAAAAAUUGAAAAAGACCAAGGAUUGGAAAUAUUUUGACUAUGAAGGAGAAUGGAUGCAAAGAAUCAAGGAAAACUUUACAAUCUCUCUAGUUGACAUAAAAACCGAUUUUUAG